AUAUUUUUCAAUCGAUACAAAAGAAAGUCAUUAAGAAUUACAGAAACUUUUGCAUAGUGUUGACUUUUCAUUGCAAAUAAGGUGUAAAGUUCUAAUAAAUAUAUGAGCUUCAGGCUUGUUUUGUUGGAGAAAUCUGAACUUGAUUUCGCUUUGUUCGUUUGUUCGGUCGAUAGUGCCUAAUAACUAUCUGGAUCCCCAUUGAUCAAAUUUUACUCAUAUAAUUCAAUCCAUGGGUGCAUUCACGAGUAGGCAGAAUGGUGCAGUGGAAGAAGCUGAGCAACGCAAUUCAACUCACGCUUACAAAUAUCCUCCACGGUCGGGAAAUUUUUUUGGCAGUCACUUUAUCAUGGGUGGCGAACGCUUUGACACGCCCCAACCGGAGUCAUACCUAUUUGGAGAAAAUGCCGAUUUGAAUUUUCUCGGUUGCCGACCAACAGCAUUUCCAUAUCCUCCUCCUCAGGCUAGUGAGCCUACAAAAACACUGAAAAGUCUAGUAAAUAUUCGCAAGGAAUCAGUGCGUUUCGUUCGUGUCUCUCCCGAAAAACACGAAAUAGCGACUGCAAACACAAACAUAGAUAACAUCGAGGGCAACGUGAUUACCAAUGAUUUGGGUGGGGGCGGAGAUGGAAAUGGGCAACACGGCCCGUGCUCAUACAACGUCGAAUUCACUUUUGAUUCGGACGCCAAGUGCGCGAUCACUAUUUAUUACUUCUGUACAGAGGAAGUAAGUCCAAGUGGAGUGACGCUUACGCCUCGAGAUGGACUAACUUCUGAAACGUAUCACUACGAAAAAGGCAUAAACCAAUUCUUUUCGCAGUCGGGUCAUGUGUUUAAUCCGCAAUUAAUCCCUGAAGAUGACUUCAUCUACAAUCCGACAAAGGAACAGUACCCAGUUGCGAUACAUUGUGUCGUCGAAGAGGGCAACGAAGACUGCCGCCAGUCACAUACCACCAUAUGCGUGAUUGAUCACCAUCCAGAAACCAGCAGCUAUGUAUUGCGUGCGCUUAAACAAAAAAUCUUUGUCGAUGGUCUCUGCUAUCUGCUGCAAGAAAUCUACGGCAUCGAGAACAAAGCUGUCAACAAAAGUUCUAUCGAUGAGGAAAUCGAUGAUCACGGCAGUGAAUGCGUUAUCUGUAUGAGUGAAACCCGAGACACGCUCAUACUACCUUGUAGACAUCUGUGUCUUUGUAAUUCUUGCGCGGAUUCUUUGCGGUACCAGGCAAAUAAUUGCCCUAUUUGUCGUGCACCUUUCCGCGCACUUUUACAAAUUCGUGCCGUACAAAAAGGCGUAAGUUCUCAAGCAUUACAUCAAAAUACCCCCACCUCAGCACCAGGUGACUCAGCCCCAUGCGAUCAACACAUACCACCAGGAUACAUUCCAAUAUCCUUAAUAGAAGCGCUUAAUGGUCCGCCACAAUUUGUGGGCCGACCUCGAACAAAUGAUGGCGAUAUGAUUGAUGGUGUUGCUCAUACCGCUGCAUUGGCGGCAGAUAAUCAUAAGGCAACUUCGCCAUUAAAACCGAACCAACGGCGACCUAAAAUUAAAAAGAAUGCCUCCACAUCAACGAACACUAGUGAAGUGGGAACCAUAACCGCUGCCAAUAACGCGAACAAUCAAGCACUCUCUGUAGUGGAAAUAACAAAUGAAAUUAAUGCAAGCAACUCAACAGUUACAGAAACUGCUGUUGCUGCUGGCGCGCCUGCUCAUAAAAAGUCCUUUCCAACAGAGAAAUCGGAAAAACAAAUGAAGUCUAACCAUUCACAGGAUAAAUUGCAAAUUGUUAAUGAGCGUCACAGUUUAAAGGUGCCAAAAAUAAAGCGCACUUCAAAUACAAACAGCGCAAAUUCAUCCUCAUCGCAAAAUGACAUAGAAGACGAUGAUAGUGAAAAUGAAAAGUUAUCGCCACUACUUUCUCCCAAUAGUAAACAAAAUGCGGCAACUAUUCCACGUAGCAAAGAAGUUGGCAUCAAUAACGACAGUGAUAAUGAGACCGACGAAGGACUAGAAAUGAAAACUACUGUGUCAUUGAAAAAAAAUAAACGCCCAGAUUUGAGCGCAAGUACUGACAAUACAUCAAGUGCUAAUGUUGAGACGACUGCCGUAAAUGCUGACGACUCGGAUUAUUAUACACCCGAAGAUACGCAGAAUUCUAUUUUGAGUCCCUUAUGUCCAGAACGGGAACGCCCGAAGAGUGGAGACAAGUUGGGUAGUCUGAAAGGAAAUGCCGGUAGUUUUAAGGGGGCCAAUAGCUUGGUCAAAAAGAAUUUACAUAAGAAAUCAACUUCAGUAGGCAAUAUAGUUGGGCCUGGCAACAGCUCUACGGGAAGCGGUGGGCUACCUAGUAAUGUAGUAUGCGAAAUGAAAAGCAACGUGUGCUCUCUACCAGAUAUGUUGGACAAUCCAAUAAGUGGAAAUACUGCAUCUACACGCAGCUCUAGUGACAGCUAUUCGUCGAGUUCAUCAACCAAGCAGUUAUUAAGCUCGAAUCCGGUGGCAACAGCAGCCAACAUCAUAGUUGAUGACAAGACAACUUUGCAAAAUGCAGUUAAUGUUUAAAUAGAGAUUAAGCAGUAGAAGUAGAAAUACAUAAUAAUAAAUAUUAUACAGAUAUGAGCAUGUAUAAUUAGACAUAUAUAUAUAUAAAUAUUGUGGAUAUGGUAA